AGUGUCCCCCCUGAGACUCGGGGAGAGCGGAGCCCAGGUACUGCUCCCCCCCCCGGAGCCGGCGGCUUCCCCGGGCAGACGGGCACGUGCAGCCCGUUCACACACGCUCGCGGGGCCGCCUGAGGCGGAGCGCGAGCGUGUGCACGAGCGACCAGGGCACGUUCGGAGCCGGUCCCGGCGCAGCAGCAGCAGCAAGAGGCACUAGCGCGCCGGCCGGGCGGUGGGUGUUCCCAGCCCACCUCUCAGGAUGGGGCGGGGCCGGCCGCGCACCGGGGAUUUCAGCGACCAGAGCCGCAGCUGUACGGUCCCUCCUCCUCUUGCUCCUCCCCCGACUGAUUGUUUUGGGGGGCGGGCGGAAGGGGAGGGAGAGGGGAUACAUUACAUGCCAGCAAAGCAGUUUAGUUCCUGCUGAUCCAUCACACGUACAGAAAAGGGACUUGCCCGCGCGCGGGGCUUGGUUUGUUGCUGGGGGAGAGAAAAGGGGGCCCCUUUUGUUUGGGUUGCCUUCGCCCUUCUGCUCCGCCCUCCCAUCCCCUGCCUCCCCUCUGGUCCCCUGCUCUGAGGAGGGCAAAGAGAGUGGGAGAAAAGGCUGCCUCGCAACCCCUUUCCCCCCUUCUCGAGCGGGCCCCCAGUGCAAUUCGAUGCGUCCCUGGUAAGGCUCCCCCGCGCUAUAUUGUGUCCUCUCUUGUUUCUGAAGCCUCCACCCACUGGCCCACCCUACAUUUAGCACAUCAUGUGAUCCGGGAUUGAAGUGGAUCUAGGAACGAAUGGAUGACUGAGUACUCAUAUGAAGAGGAAAGCCAUAAAAGACAUCAACGCCUUUGAGAACAGAAUGUUAAUGCUGGAUGGGAUGCCGGCAGUUAGAGUCAAAACAGAAUUGUUGGAAUCUGAACAAGGGUCUCCAAACGUCCACAACUAUCCAGACAUGGAAGCUGUACCCUUGUUGCUCAAUAACAUGAAGGCAGAUCCCCCAGAGGAUUCAUUAUCUACAGACCAUUUCCAGACACAGACUGAACCAGUGGACUUGUCAAUAAACAAAGCCAGGUCAUCCCCUACAGCAGCCUCAUCUUCACCGGUUUCCAUGACAGCAUCAGCCUCCUCUCCUUCUUCUACUUCAACUUCUUCUUCUUCUAGUCGGCCAGCUUCCUCCCCUACGGUAAUAACAUCAGUAUCUUCAGCGGCAUCUGUGCCAUCAGUAUUAACUCCAGGCCCUCUUGUGGCCUCUGCAUCUGGUGUUGGAGGCCAGCAGUUUUUGCACAUAAUCCAUCCAGUACCACCUUCAAGCCCCAUGAAUUUACAGUCCAACAAAAUGAGUCACGUGCACCGCAUUCCAGUGGUGGUGCAGUCGGUACCUGUAGUCUACACAGCUGUGAGAUCACCGGGAAAUAUGAAUAACACUAUAGUGGUACCACUGUUGGAGGAUGGGAGAAGCCAUGUUAAAGCACAAAUGGACCCCCGAGGCAUAUCUCCCAGGCAAAUUAAAAGUGACAGUGACGAUGAUGACCUGCCAAAUGUGACCUUAGAUAGUGUUAAUGAAACUGGAUCCACGGCCCUCUCCAUAGCCAGAGCUGUACAAGAUUCAAUUUCACCAUUCAGUAUUGAGAGCACAAGGCGCCAGAGAAGGUCUGAGUCCCCAGACUCCAGGAAGCGGCGCAUCCAUAGGUGUGAUUUUGAAGGAUGCAACAAAGUAUACACAAAAAGUUCUCAUCUGAAGGCUCACCGGCGGACACACACAGGAGAAAAACCAUACAAAUGUACCUGGGAAGGGUGCACCUGGAAGUUUGCUCGCUCAGAUGAACUGACAAGGCACUAUCGCAAGCACACAGGAGUGAAGCCAUUCAAGUGUGCAGACUGUGACCGCAGCUUUUCCCGUUCAGAUCACUUGGCGCUGCACCGCCGUAGGCACAUGCUGGUGUGAGAAACGCUACUUGUCAAGCAGAAUAUAAGAGCUGGGUCUCUUAACUACGUGCAUUCAGCAGGGCUGAAUCCUCUUCUACAGUGUUGACACAAAGGACAUUCCAUGAUGUCCAUACAAAAAAGCAGGAAAAGAAGUGCCACUCUUCUCCUUUCCAUCUGAAGUUAAAGCCCCCCAGCAUGGCAACCCCAAAAUGUCAUCAUGUUCACCUGGGAGAUAGCAACCUAAAUGCUACAAAAAUGGGCAUUAUUUUCCAUACUGUGUCCUUUAACAACAUUUAUGGCCUGUACAUGUUCUCAGCUGUUGGACAUUUUAUUCUUGACAAUUAUUGCUAUUUUGAUGAUCAGAUAACACAAACCAAUGACAAGAACAAGACCUCUAGACCUUUAGUAUUCCAUUGUCUCCCCUUUUUUUUUUGAGUACCGUCUAAUCAGUAUAUAAAAUAUCCCUCAUCUGUGCUACAAACAAGCUGCAUGAACGUCAGCGAGAAGAUUUUGCUGGAGAGGUUCCACUAUCUGAAGUGUAGGGGCACUUAAGCAAACUUUUGCAAUAAUGAUGGUGGUGUUUUACUAUUUCACCACAGUUUGUCAUUAUGACCUAAAGGACACGUAACCUUUUCUUUUUCUUAGAUUUUUUUGUUGUUGAAGUCUGUAAAACGAAAUGGGGUAGCAGCAUUUCAGCUGAAGUACAGUAUAAGCAUCUGUGCUCUGCUGUGGAUUUGUUUAGAACAGUUUGUAUAGAAAGACCCCAUCUACAAGCUACUGCCCUGUUCUCAAAGUGCAGUUUUUUGUCACCCAGGCAUCCUCCCCUUCUACAUCCAUGUAUUUGAUUACAAGGAAACAGUGAAACAAAUCUUAUAUCCACUUGCACCAAGAUUAGUGGCGUGGCCGUCCAUAAAAUGGAAUUGAAUGUACCACUGCUAGUGAGGAAAAGCAGAAAAGAAACAGCCGAAUCUCGAACAGAUGAAAGCAAUAACGAAUGAAAUGGCUUUCCAGACAAAAACAUAUUGAGGACUUCCAAAACCCAAUCUUUGUACCAACUAAGGUGGUCAUAAAGAAAUAGCACAUUGGAUUUUUUGUGUUAUGUUGACAGCUUAAACUAUUCUUUCUGAUGUUUGUUGGCCUGCUAGGUACCACAGUUAAAUAUUUUCAUUCCCAUCAAAUGUAAUAGUUAUUUUGUGGCUGGAAAGGUGAGAUAGGUGAGGGUGUUGGGAAACCCCCACUGUUAAUGGGUUAAUAAAGUAGAAGAGAUGUUCUCUGAAAGAGAUGAUCAACAGGGUGCUAGUUUCCUCACUUGGAAGUACAGGAUAAGGAGACAUUAGUCAACCCUCCAGUAUGCUAUAAAUAGCCCUUCACAUGGGAUCCAGAGGUUGCCGCAGCAGGUUCCACCCAAACCUCCUUAGUUUACAUGAAAGCAAAUUGUUUAUCAUUCCCAUGCAGCCCUAUAAUUGUGAACCAAUUUGUAUUAAUUAAAUUAUAUGGUAAAGAGAGGAGGAACUCUUAGCAAGCAAUUGUUCUUUAAAACAGAACAGGUUUUUUUUCUUCUUCGUGAGGAUCUGUUAUUCAGGUCAAAGUGACAAAGAGGCUUGGUGAGAUGUUGUGUUUGUUGAGAUGUUUAUAGUUUAGAGACAAAAAGUAAAGAUACAUAACACAUAAAAGACAAAAGACACAUAACAUCUUCUGCAGUACAUUUAAUUAUGAACACUUGGUUCCAGGAACGGCACAAAUUCAUGAUGCCACUUGAUGCCAUGAUGUUUGACCAGUCUGAAUUAACUUCUGAUUCCUGAAAUAACAAUUAUUAUGUUACAGGGCUUCUUAAAUCAAAACAAUCUUUAAGAAAAGUUCAACCAAUAGCUGAGUAAGGCAUAACUGUAAACACUAAAACAAGUGCAAAUAAUUGAAGAAUAACUGUAUAAAGAUUGACAGGCCCAAACUUUGAUCAUCCCUAAAUAUAUUUGUAAAUGUUUUCCUGAUACUGAACAAUUGAUCAGCUCUCCCAAAUAAGGGCUUCAAGAGUGUUUAACUCCAGCUCCCCAACUAAAAGAGCAGCACCAAAAAAAAGUCUUUGUUGUCACUUCAUGAGCUUGCCUCUUCCAUGUCUCGUUUCCUGUCCUAUUCUCAUGAUCAGGUAGGUCAUCCAAAUAAAAAAUAAAAUUUCAAUAUCUAGCCUUCUCGUAACCAGCACUGGAGACCCCAGCAUUGAGAGUGAAAGGGACAGUGUAACAGGCUGUGACUGAAACAAACCUAGAGCACACAAUAGGUGGGUGGGUUGUCAUGGGGUCUCCUGACUAUACAGCUGAGCUUUUACUACCAGUGUUGCAUCCCUCAUAUAAAGGAUUGAUUUUUCAGUGUAUGUGAGAUAUCAUUAGCAUUGUCUGUAGGUUACAUUUUGGACCCACCUAUAUUAACUUCAGUGUCCUCUUAAAUGUACCACUCCUUCUAAAAACUUAGGAACAGGGUUCAAGCACAAGUCAAUGUAUGAGAUUUCCUUUAAUGCACAAUCAGCAAUUACUCAAGUAGCAGUAAUUAAAUAUAAGGAACCAGAAUUUAUUUUUGGCUGGUCUUUACUGGUGCACAAAAAAAUUCCCUUCAGCAAAUAAUGUGGUGUCUCUUCUUUUUUUUUUCUUUUCUUUUCUUUUCUUUUCUUUCUUUCUUUUUUUUUUUUUUUUUUUUUUUUUUGGAGCUAGUUUAUCUUUAGAAAACAAAGUUUAUUGUCCAGAAGGAGAUUGAUAAGCCAGUCUGGGUAGUUUUCAGGAACAGCAGUAAGGGAUGUCCUCAUUUCUCUCAUCUGGUUACCUAUUCAUUUACAUAUUAAAAACACUGCAGCAGAUAACAGAAAGGGCCUGGUUGUACUCUGGAUUACAGCAAUGUGAAAUGGGUAAAGCCAUUAAAUUCAGUGGAGUUAUACCAGCGUAAAGUUAGCGUAAGGGACAUCAGAAACAGGUCCAGAGACAGAAGUAUCAAAUACUGGAGUUUUCAGACAAUCCCUCUUGAUGCAUUCUGCAGUUAGGAAGAUUAAAAUAAAACAUAUGUGUGUGAAAGAGCUUUCAUAUUGCUAUUCUAUGCAGACAACCUCUCCAAUCAGCUAUGUCUGCUUUUGGGGUUUGUAGGUGCCCAUUGAAAUUAAUGGGGAGCUUCACAUGUGUAUUUGAGCGCACAGAAUUUGGCCCAGUAUGUUUAGUGAGACCAUUUUUAAUGCUUCUGUUCUUGGUCUGAAAUGAUUUAAGAGAAGUUAUCUUUGAAGAGAGAAUGUCGGCAACCCACAAUGUUCAGAUCCAGAUCUGAACUUCCUCUGACUCCAGCGGUGUUCUCAAACCAAGGGUUUUGGUUCAGAGCUACCUCCAAUCUUUUGCAUUCAUGUAAAGUCUGAUAUUGCCUAUUAUAAUUUCCUCUAAAAUGCCAAGUUCUGUUGCAAAUGUGCAACUUGAAUGGCUUACAAUAUAAACAGCAUGCAGGAAUAUCUGGUGUCAUCUUUGCACAACACACUAGAUCCGUACACAUGCAGUUGUAAAACACAAAUGUGAACCAUCCCAUUCUUGCAAUAAGAGCAAAUUUUUAUCCUCCUCAGUGUGAAUAAAUAGUAGACAGGAAGUACACUGUAUGCGUUACAGCUUGCAUGUGCACCUAUGCUACAAAGUGCUAUGCUCCAAGUGAUUUUAAAAGGCUGCUUUUGGUCUGGACCUUAAUGCCCAGUCAUCAAUAGUAUCUGAAAACAUAUUGAACAAGUGUUCUCUUUGAUACAGGAUUUUUUAAACUUUACAUUUUCAUUACUUUUUUUAAACACCUGUACGAUCCAGCACUUUGAAAUCAGCUCAUUGCAAUGGCAGUUUAUAAAGGACAUGAAGAUGCAGUAUUCCUUAUUCUCCACUUUCUUAUACUUAGCACCAUUAAAAGUAAAAUAGGUUUAAACUAAGGUGCGUGUGAAAUUGUUUGCUGAAAUAAUGUAUAAUGAAAUUAACAGUGUUAAAAAUGCCAUCAGUAAUAUCGGUAUUUGGGGUAAAUUCACUAUGCAGAGAAUGGACAAAUAGCUGGGCAACACCCCAGAAAUAAUAAUGGAAUAAUAACAACCACACAUCUCAUUUUCCAUUAACUGCAUAGAAAAAGUACCCCAGGUUGUCAUUGAUAAAUGUAUCUUCUGAUAAUAAAUGUUCUUUAAUGGAAAAAUUCUCUUUCUGCUUUAUAGAGGGUGGCUGCCUCAAUAUGGAAAUGAGUUUACCACCAUUAAAAUCUUUUUUUUAAAGAGGUCAGUGAGGUAAAGUGCAUCUUCUACAGCAUACAAAAAUAGAGACCAUUCAACAUGUCCUCUCUGCCCCAAUACACGCACACAUCCACACCUGCAUACAAACCCUCACAGAUUCACAUACCUCAUCACAUAUGUAAUCGGAAACACAGAUUUAACCAUGAUUUCAAAACCAGAUGAAGAAUUGGAAAUGUUUCGUACUGUAAAAGAAAAUACCUUCACCUUAUUAAGAAACCAGCUUGUAUUACUGUAUUAUGCCUUUGCCUGUGUUUUAUAACUGAAGAUGUACAUAAAGAAAUUUCAAAACUGCUAUAUUUUCACAGUUUCAUUACAGAGUAACAGUAACUGUGCAAUGUAUGCUUAGCAAGUCAUGCCCAUUGGUACUUUUAAAUAUGUAAAAUCCUAAUCAAUUUCAGUAGCAAUUCAGUUUUUAGUAUGAAACCUAACUAUAAGGAUACUGCAUCUUUAAAAAUAAUAGAAUCAAGGUAUUUUACUGUACUUGUAACAGUUUAAAUAUUCUGUAAUAUAUGUGAUAGUCGAAAAGUAUUUUCAAACUUACAAUUUUACACAGGUUGUAAAUAGUUUAAAUGAAGUAUGUUUAAAAAAAACUUUUAAUUUUCAUCACAAAAAAUAAAAUUAAAACCUGCUCAGAUAUGCCUUGUAAAACUUACACACAGUUAAAGAAUAGGAACUAAAUUGUUACACUUUGUCAGAGCAUGUUCAGUCUGUGCAAAAAUGGAGUGGCCAUUUGUCUUGGUUUAUUGCCAACAGUGUUAGAGGCAAUUAAGCCAUUUUGAGUCCUUGGAAGCUGAAAAAGUCCAAACUCAAAAUGCCUUAGUCUGAACAAGGUGAAAAACAAACAAAAAACAAGAGCAACUGCAUUGGUGCUUUUUUCCUAGUCACUAAAGUGGACGAAAGAUACAGUAGCAACAGACUCUCAUUUAAUUUAUUUGUUGUGUUUAUCUUCCCCUACAAAAAUGCAUUUUGAAUGAAAUAUUGCACAUCUAAAACAGAUGGUCAACUCUUUGCUGAUUCCAGGGAAUGUAGUCUUUUAGGUACAGUUGCAUGUCAAGAUGAAGCGCUAUAGGAAGAUUAUGACAUUUCUAGUGUACAUAUUCUUCUAACAAGGACCACCCAAAGUCCAUUUACAGACAUGAAACAGAAACUGAAAGUGCCUGUUCAUGAAUAUUAGAACUGAUGGGAUGUUCUUAUACUUUUACACAGCAAUAACUAGGAGCCUGUUAUCAAUAAAACAAAAAUAAAAUUACACUUGGACUGCAAUGAUGCAACACAGAAACAAACACAAAGUGCCAUUUGUUUUUUCAUUUAUUGAGAUGAUGUGCUAGAGCUUUUAUCUUCUUUCUCUGGUCUGGUCUUUUCACAAGUCUGCAGGAAGGAAAUGGAUUCUAAUUUACAGGUGAAUCAGACACACACACCUAGUCUAAAUUAUAGGUGGAGGUCAUUGCCCAGCACUGUUUUGGGGGUCCAUUUAUGUCCAAUUUGCUUGAGAACCAUCUGGGCAUCCACGGUAUUGCCAAGUGAAAUAAUCCAGAAAACAGCAAUAAAACCAGUCUAACCCUAGCAACUAUUUCUAGAAGAAUAAUGCAAUGCAUUGUUUUUCAAUGGAAAUUCCUUUGAAAAUCCUCUCCGUUGGCUUUCAACUCUUGAAAUUUAGAUUUCACACAUUACUUCUCUCUCCUUUUUUGACCUCUUGUGUAAUAACCCUUUUAUGAAAAAUUUAGAAUCACCAGGGAACUAGCUGAAAUAGUUUAACAGUCGGCAAAGAAUGGGUCACUCCCUUUUUUACAUUUUGUGAUAAGUGGAUGGGAGCCUGGAGCAUAUUUAAAUAACAUUUGCAGAUAUUUUUUAAAUGCUCUAGAGAGAGUUUUUUAUGUUAAAUGAUCUUACUAAUCAACUGUCCUUGACAAUUACAUUAAUAAACGAAUUGAUUUUAUUAUAGAAAAUGGCCAGCCAUGACAACCAGGGCUUUUUCACGCUGUCUCUCUUUUUACAUAUAAUCUUAUACGUUUCUGACAGAAAGUUGAUUAAUUGAUGUACUAAUGGACUUUUAAAAUAUCUCAGUGGUGUCAUUUCUCAGGCUUUUUCUGCUUCUUAAAAUGAACCUCCUGAAGAUCAGAAUUUAAACUGAAGAACAUUGCCUUCUAUGCUUAAAGAAUACAAUGCAGAGCAUAUUUUAAAAUUAGCUUCUCAAUUUGUAACUGCAGUUUUGUCCAUACUACAUUUUGUGUAUGCAAAAAUCCACAUUUGUGUGUGCUGUUUGAAUGGUAUAACAUCUGCUUGAUUUGCACAAACUGAGGCAGGAUUCUGUGUACGCAAAAAUAGUUGUUCAGAGAAAAACAGCAGGUGCAAAUGUAGAUACUGCUUUUGAAAAUAUGGGCCUAUGUGUGCAAAAACUACUGCAGACAUUCGUGCGUGUCAGUUAAACAUGUUUCAGUACCACUAGUUUAGUAACACAUGUUUUUUAAAUCAUAUCAGCCGUUAGUAGAUAUAAUCACAUCAGGACAUGCACAUAUUUACUCUGUGUCAUCCUGAAUUUAACGUCCAGACAUUAAGCACAUAAAAGAACUCAGGGCACACUGGGGAUGGUAGUAGAGCAUCACAGAAUAUGUCAACAGAAGGCUGAAUGGCUCCUGUUGUGUGUGUGUGUGUGUGUGUGUUUCCUGAUGGAACACUGCUGGAAACUGGCCCGCAGAGAAAACUCCUUUAGGGGUAUUGGUUUGCUGCAGCAGUAUGUGUCAGUUGGCCAUUCAUAAGAAAGGCAGUAUAGUUUUCAUUAUGCAAAAAUGUGCAGUUCUUCUUGCUUCAUUCUGCAAUACACACACACACAUACGUGAUUUUAGUUGAACUGAUUGCCAGCAUAUCUCUGUAGUAGUUGUUGUUUUCAUUGAUGUUGGACUAUGAAAUAAACUAUAUUAGCCUUGUAGUGUCAUUGUAGAAUAUUAUGGACACACUCUUGCUCCUCAGCACAGGCAAAAAUUCAGUGGGAAUUCUGGCUACUAUAAGAAUACAAGAUUGAGCUCCUACUGGUAGGGAUUCUCUGGGGCACUGUUGUGUGAAUUCAUGAUCUUCAAUGUUUUCCAGAGGUUAGUCUGUCAAAAAAUUUUAGCAAGCUGAAAUACUAGUGACUGUAAAAAUGCUUGAUCUUUGUGUAUUGUUGGACACAUUGAUUUGUUUCAUGAGAUAUAUCUUUGUAUGUUUACCUUUAAAAUACAUUUACAGACAUAUAUAGUGUUCAGCAUUGCGUCACACUGGUAUGUGAUGUGAUUUUUAUGGACUGUAUUGAGACAAAGACCUGAGCCAUGCAGUUUGGAAUCAGAUUUAGGUACCAACAUUCUCUAAAUCCAUGCCUGUCAGAUUUGAGGUUGGCCUUAUCAAAGAAACAGGUCUGAGACACAGUCUUUCGAUUGUGUCUGAACUUGUCCAAAAUUCAGACUAGGUUGUAUCUUUGGUUCUGAUUCAAGCCCAUUUCUAAUUGCCAUAUAUAUAUACUUCUAAAGACAACUUCUUUCUCUCCCAAUAGUUCUGUAAGUAUAAAUUCACUUCUUGUUUAGUGUAAGCUCUCCAACGAACACCUACACAACACAUUCUCUUUACCUGUUGUCUGUUCCUGAAAAAUUAUAUCUUCCAUUUGCAUCCACAAGAGUACAUACACAGUUAUAAAUGGCUAAAUUGAUUAAACUUCAGACAUCAGGUCUUCACACACACACACACACACACACACACAAUCUCUCAAAGUGACUGAAGAGUUGAGACACUAUCUACAUGUGAGGUAAAAAAUAAUAUUAACUGAAGUGUUCCAUCAGCUGUGUUUGUGAAGAAACAAAAGAAUAAUAAAAAAUAUCAUUCUUGGCCAAGCCAAACAUGGAUGGAGCAAAUUCCACCAUGAUAUUAUUUGCAACAUUGAGGCCAGGGUUGAAUUUGGCCCCAUAUUUUUCCCUUCAGUUAGGUCAUUAUUUUUGUAAGUGCCAGUAAUUGUUUGUAUGAUCCUCUUGUGUAAAAAUACAAAAACAUCCCUAAUUUACAAAACUACAGAUUCGGGACUGAAGCUUCACAGCAGUGGAAUAGUACAUACAGUAUCUGAUUCUCUUUCCUAGAAUAUGAUGUGAAAGGGUCACUAGUCCAUAACCCGACAGAGAUAAGUGUGUCAAUAGAAAGUCCUGUACUGAAAAGAAUUAAAACUACCAGUGCUAGCAAGCAGAUGUAUUAAUUCCUUAAAUCUUUCUUUUGCUUUCUUUUCAAAGGGUUUUAACUGAAAAAUAUUUCUUUAAAAAAAAUCAUCUAAAGAUCUAAUUUCCCAAUAGUUUCCUCUGCAUUUAUAUACUAUGUAGUGUUUAGGCAACACCUAUGUUAUAAGUUUAUUAAUAUUAUGUAAGUGUUGUUCUUGUAUUUAUGUAUAGUGUAUGUACUGUAAAUAUACUCAGAGCUUUUUUCCUCUUACUGUAAAAUGGUGAUUUUUGCCCUAUGAUAAUGUAAAGGGAGUCCCCUCAUGAAAUUCUGUCAGAGGAUGACUAUUCCAGUCUAUUCUCAAAGAUUUAAAUGAAGAAGUGUUAUUGUUUUUAAUGGUGUCUCAGACAUACUCUGUUGGUGCAUUGCUUUUCUGUAUUCAACUUUCCUAUGAAUUGAGCUGUGAACUGAAAUAGAGUUUAAACCUUUAAAUGUAUGCAUUUGUAUAAUUAUCUGAAUGGAGGCAUGAAGGUUAAAUAAAGCAUUUUGUAUAGAACAAA